UGUUUUUAUGUAAAUCUCCUAAUUCCACAUACAAAUAUCAAUAAUUAGAGAAGAAAAAGAAAAGAGAAAUGAACAACGACGGCCACAUGCAUGGAAUGGCUAUGGGGCCGUCACCACCAUCAUCGUCAAUCACUAUGAACAACGCCACUAGAGGAGGCAGCGGGAUGAUGAUGAAGAACAACCAUCACAUGAUGAUGCAUAUGACAUUUUUCUGGGGAAAGAAUACUGAGAUUCUCUUCUCAGGUUGGCCUGGAUAUGAUAAUUUGGGCAUGUACAUUUUGGCACUUGUUGUUGUCUUCUUCAUGGCGAUUUUCGUCGAAUUUCUCUCUCAUAGCAACUAUAUUAACAAGAGUAAUGUUGAUGAUGAUGUGACUUCUGGAUUUCUUCAGACAAUCUUGUAUGGUUUGAGAAUUGGUUUGGCUUAUGUUGUUAUGUUGGCUGUUAUGUCUUUUAAUGGUGGUGUUUUCUUGGUUGCUAUUGUUGGACACUCUUUAGGGUUUAUGGUUUUUGGAAGUAGGGUUUUUAAGAAAUCAUCUAGUGGGAAGAACUUGGAUCUUCCUCCUAUGAGUUGUAGUUGUUGAUUAAUUUAGUUUGUAAUAGUAUGUAUCCGCAAAUAUUUAUUUAUAAAAGGAUCAUGAAGAUAUGUGGUUUAUUAA